AUGACCAAACACUCCAUUUAUAUAUCAUUUUUCCUUUCUCUUUCCCUUCAAAUACUUAUAAGCUAGCUUGUUGGUUUUCUUCUUGGCUACCAAACCUGCAAUUACUUAAUCUUUUUUAUUGCUCUCUAAUUAAGAUCGAGAUGGGAAAAUCUGCAAGUAAUAGCAGUACUACUGAUUUUGGAAGAAAUUGCUAUAGAGGUCACUGGAGGCCUGCGGAGGACGACAAACUCCGGCAACUCGUGGAACGGUAUGGCCCCCAAAACUGGAAUUUCAUUGCCGAACACCUAGAUGGAAGAUCAGGGAAAAGUUGCAGAUUGAGAUGGUACAACCAACUGGAUCCAAAUAUUAAUAAAAAGCCAUUCACAGAAGAAGAGGAAGAGAAGCUUCUUUCAGCUCAUAAAAUUUAUGGUAACAAAUGGGCUUGCAUUGCCAAGUAUUUCCAUGGCAGAACUGAUAAUGCUGUCAAGAACCAUUACCAUGUUGUUAUGGCACGAAGGAGAAGAGAGAGGUUCACUGUUUAUCACCCUCAAAACCCUACUAGUAGUAGUGCCCAAGAUGAUGGUCCUUGCAUCCGACGGCCCGGAUUAGGGCUCCUCACUUUCCAAUCCAAUAAUCAUCCGGCCAUCAAAAUGGGAAUUUUCGGAACCUUGCCUUCUUUGAGAUCAUCUACGGAUUCAACUUGGAGUUUAAGUGAUUCUUUGACAACCCUCGCAAACGAUUCCAGAAGUACUCGCCUUGAUCAUCAUCAUAUUCUUAAUCAUGGUGAUCAAGGAGGAAGAAUUAAUUUUGGCCGUACUAGUACUCCAUUUGAAUUCUUGAAUACUAAUUCUGGCAAAGUUUGUGAAAGCUAUCAUCAUCAUCUUGAGACCACAGCCAAGGACAAGUUCCAGAAAUGGGGAAUCAAAUUACAAGAAGAUCAGCAGAAAGAGGUGGCCUUCAUAGACUUUCUUGGUGUGGGAAUGAUUUCUUAGAGUAUAUAUUUAUUUUAGAAAAUCUUGUCUGAUCUACUUUGAUAUAUAUAUAUAUAUAUAUAUCUAUAUAUACCUAGGUUUGUUCUUAUAUGUUUUUUAAUUCUCUACAAUAUUUCUUAGAUCUAUAGUCUAGUAAUCUAGAAUAGGACAGUUUAGUUUGAUUUUACCUAUUUUAAUUAAAGUGGCAGAUUGAAGGGUUUAGUUUUUCUUAUAUUGAUAUUUUCACCAUUAGAACAGAAAAUUCUAGUUCUCUACAUCAUAUACAAUAGUACUCUUAUAGUGCUUGGUGUC